GGUGCGGAGGACCAAGGGAGUGAUUGUCUUUACGUAUCCCAUCUCAGCGGUGAAGACUUGCCUCAAUGUGGCUCUUUUGCUGUGCCCUGCCAGACAUUACCACAAGCGCUACUUCUAGUAAACGAUGGAGGCAAAAUUUGCCUCAACGGAACAAACAGUGAGUCAAAUCCAUACGAAUGUUUGAAAACGGUUGGUCCUAAUGGAACGAAAUUGAGAGCUGUGGGGAAACGAGUAUCGAUACAAGGCGUGUCCUCCCCAGCACACAUUUCGUGUGGCUUAGUAUUUGCAUCAAGGUUGAAAUAUGGCUCUGUCAAGGUUUCUUUCUCAAACCUUGUAUUCAACAAUAGUAGGUAUGGAUUAGUUUUCUUAAAUGUGCCCUCCAAUCAUGUCGUCAUCUUCAAGUGCAAAUUUAUCAAUUGCUAUAGGGCCAUUUUCAUGUUGUGGGAAGGACGUCAGGGUUCUGCUUUCAUCAAUCAAAAGUCUUCACUUGAGGUUACUGAUAGCAAAUUCCACAACAACACAUUCAGCAUACAAUUUGGUCCAAAGUACAAAAUUGGUUCCGUUAAAGUUUCUCUGUCAAACCUUCUUUUCGACAAUGGCACUUAUGGUGUAGUCCUCGUCGAUGUGCCCUCCUAUGAUGUCGUCAUCUCCGAUUGCAAAUUUAACAAUUGCUAUAAGGCCAUUUUCAUGUUGUGGGAAGGAAGUCAGGGUUCUUCUUUCAUCAAUCAAAAGUCCUCACUUGAGGUUACUGAUAGCAAAUUCCGCAACAACACAAUCAGUAUAGAAUUUGGUCCAAAGUUCAAAAACGGUCCCAUUAAAGUUUCUCUGUCCAACCUUCUUGUCGACAAUGGCACGUAUGGUGUAGUCCUCGUCAAUGUGUCCUCCUUUGAUAUCGUCAUCACCAAAUGCAAGUUUUUCAACUUCUCUGAGGCAGCCGUUGGUCUGUUCUGGAAUGAGAUUAACUACGUCAUCCGUGAAAAGAGUAGUCUUGUAGCCACCGAUAGUAAAUUCCGGUAUAAUGCAAAAUCUAUUCUUGUCAUGCUCCCUAACGACUUCUUUGAGAUGACCGUAUCAAGAUGUCUUUUCCAGAAUGCGAAGGGACGAUUUCAUGUUACAAAUGAUGAUAGAAGUAUAAAAGGUGCCGUGUUUGUCCGUUCCCAAGCUAGUACCGUUACAACGUAUCCUAUCCGCGUGUUAGUCUCAAUUACUGACUCUAUUUUCCAAGAUCUUGGUCAUAAAGACAACAGCUUCGCUGUAUCCAUAAGAGUUGACAACCUCUUUGGCGAUGGGAAUGUAUCAUUAUUUAACACGUCGUUUCUUAACAACGAAAAUUCUGUCUUUGUGCACGGCGGGUUUAAAGUAAAUUUGACUCACGUGACGGUUCAUUCCACAUACGGGUAUGCUAUCAUAGCCAGCGCUCCCCCUAAAACAUUAAUCAAAGCGCCAGGUGUAAAGGUCUUCCUUGAAAGGUGCGUCCUGGUGGACAACCGGAUUGGCAUAAGGAUGUCAACGACUACUUGCUUAGAUAAUACGGAUAGGUAUUGUUCAACGGGCGACCAAACGCUUGUUGUCAAAAACAGUCUUAUAUUGGGAGGUAAUGAAACAUUAGGCACUGGUGAUGCAGUCAGAUUUGGAAUGAGUUUCCCCAAACAGAACUAUAGUCGUGCGGUCUUGAGGCCAAGAAAAGAAGAGGUGUAUUUGUCGCCAGAUUUUGAGGCAAAACUACUUCUUGAAAAUGUUACUUUUCGAGGGUUACAUGAUUGUGCUCUUUCAGUUAGUGUAGAAAGGAAUGUUAGUGGACUGAUUUCGGUGAAAAACUGCAAGUUUCUUAACAACACUCAGUUUGUGAAUAGACUAGAUGAACGAGCAAUUGUCCAAAUUGAGUUUACGAAUGUCGAUCCACCCCAAUGUCCGCAUAAAAGAAAAGGAAACAAAAGUGAGGAACUAAUGUGGAACAAGACAUUUGAGUUACCAGUAAUAUUUGAAGAUACUCGAUUCGAAAACAACGCUGGUAUCGCUGGAACUUUGAACUUGUUAAAUGGUAAUGCCACGUUGAACAACUGCACCUUUAAAAACAACGAAGGAGUAGCCAUGGGAGGUCAAGUGUAUCUGAGGACAGGUUUUGGAAUUCUUAACAUCGUUAACAGUAGUUUCCACCAAACAAAAUCGGCGGAACGUUACCGUGGAUCGAGAACUGGUUGCUUUCUUCAAUCUGAGAGCGCUGGUCAGCUGAAAAUUGAACAAUCGUCCUUUAUAGCUGAUGACAAUAGGCAAUACGAUCCAAUCUUCGCAGCUACGAAAAGCAGUUCCAUACUGAUCGACCAAUCAUCAUCCUUUCGAUGUCCAAGCGGAAGGCAAAUAACUAUCGAGAAAAUCACCCAAGAGGACGGAUUUGAACUUGUGAAGGGAAGUGAAACCUGCUGGGUAAGAGUGCAAUAUAUCAAAUUACUCUGUGAAGAAUGUUCAGAUGGUUUCUACAGCUUGAAGAGAGGAUGGGCCAGUGGCUUUCAUGUUCACGAGGAAACCAAGUGCAUCAAGUGUCCCUUCGGAGCAAAAUGUGAGCGCGGAAACGUUUUAGCUCAAGAAAACUUUUGGGGUUCUAAAGUUAAUAGAACCUCAUCUACUCUGCAAUUCAUUCCAUGUCCAUUGGAAUACUGCAAAACUCCAACUCAUUCAGCUACUCACGCGUACAAUGGUUGCUAUGGUAGCAGAACAGGUGUAUUAUGUGGCGAAUGUGCUGAGGGAUACAGUGAAGCCUUGUAUUCCACGUCAUGUCAAAAAAAGGAAAAGUGCCAUGAUCACUGGUUUUGGUUGGUGAGCCUGAUUUACAUACUAGCAUUUGCACUGUACCUUGUUUUUAAGCCUCCUGUCUUCACGUGGCUGUAUCGCCAGGGUGUUUGGUUUAAGAGGACAUCCAAUUCUUACAGCAGACUGGAAGCACCAAACGGAGAUAGCAUAGAUAAACACGAUGCUGGGUACCUGAAGAUCACCUUCUACUUUUAUCAAGUUGCCGACAUAUUGAUAAUCACUUCCAAAGAGACAACUGCUCACGUCAUCCCUUUUGUUACACCAAUCGUUGCACUAUUUAAUUUCCAGGUAAAGAAUUUUAAAGGCAGUAUUGGAUGUCCAUUUCCUGGUUUCACUGUUGUCACCAAAGAGCUGUUUUUCUCCUUGAAGUUCUUGGCAACCUUGCUCUCCAUUCCCCUAAUUUACACCAUUCACCGAGCUAUAAGCAGGUUCCGCCCCAUUCCAAAGCCUUCGCUGAGACUAUACCUGGCUGUUGUUCUGGAGACCCUGUUACUUGGAUACAAAACCCUCGCAGAUACAUCCCUUACUCUCAUGCACUGCGUUCCCGUAAAGCUGGAGUGGCGUCUGUUCAUAGAUGGAAACAUUCAGUGCUGGCAGUGGUGGCAGUACUUACAAAUUGUCUUCAUCUUGGCAUUUGUCAUCCCCCUUGUUCUCGUCCUUUGCUGGGGAUCGCUGAUGCUUUCCAAAGACAAAGUGUCCGCCAAAGAGUUCCUGACAUCGUGUGCAUUUCCUCUGCCCUUUCUUUUUAUCUGGUUGUUUCGUUGUUGCAAGAGGAAAGGAUAUACAAGCCAGUACGAAUACCUCCCGGGUAGCUCCAAGGAUACCGAUGACAUAAAAAAAGUUCUUUACGACCCAUUCCGUUCAGCUUCUGAUGGUGACCAUGGUACUUUGUACUGGGAAAGCGUUCUGGUAGGUCGAAGGUUUCUUGUGCUAACUAUUAGUACCUUUAUCAUCAACCCUUUGAAAAGAUUCGUUUGUUUAGGAAUUGCAUGUGUUCUGAUCUUGGCGCAUCAUCUUCUAAUGAGGCCAUUCCGCGACCGAAAGGCCAACAUCUGUGAAAGUCUGUCUCUUGUGAGUUUGACUGCUAUCUGCACGUUCAACUUGGCCAAAGUCACCAUUAUCGCCCAGGGACUCGAGCCUGCUGGACCGGAGAUAAUCUUUUUUCAUGCUCUAAGGUGGAUCGAGGUUGCCUUGCUUGGCUUCCUCCCAGCCAUGGCCUUCAUCCUUGUGAUUCUUGUGGCUUUCUCUCAAAUCGUUCGCCUGCUGUACCAUUGCGUGAAGCUUUUGCACUGA